CGAAAGUUCAACGUAUACAUGAAAACAUUAUCGAGAGAGUGAAUACGCCAAUGUGUCACAGUGGGUCUGGAAAUGGCCUCUCCAACUUCCCUGUUUCAAGACGUAAUAACGUGUGACCUCUGUGACAACCCUACCCAGAAAUUCUGUAACGAUUGCCAAGAAAAUUUAUGUUUGGACUGUGUCAGUAAACAUGUCGAGAAAUAUUCUUCCCUCACACAUAAUAUUGUUUCUUACAAGAACAAAGAGAUACAAAUGGUGUUUCCUGAAUGUGAAGUCCAUCCAAACCAACGGUGCGAGGCCUAUUGUCAAUCAUGUGAUGUCCCAGUAUGCAUUAAAUGUUUCCUUAGCAAUCACAAAGGCCAUGAUGCAGUCGAAUUAUCUAACGUUGUAGCGAAUAAAAAGGAAAUAAUCAAAAAAGAAACUAAGAAACUUGAAACUGUUAUUAUUCCAAAGUUCCAAGAGAGUGAGGUGAAUAUCAGAAGCAAGGCCUCUAAAUGCAGUGCUAAAUUUGAUGAGAUAGAGCGAGAAACUACAAAACAAAGACAAUUUUGGCACAAUGAAGUUGACGAUUUUUUCGACAAACUUGACCCUUUAAUCAAAUCUAAAAAAGUAGAGUAUAUGACUAUUCUAGAAACACAUCAAAGAGAGCUUACAUCUUUGAUCCCGAAAAUGAAGAAAGCAGUUGAAAAAAACAAACAAAUAUUGAAAACCAACAGAGUAUCUGAAGUUACCGACUACAAAUCCAAAACAGAAUAUCUAAAUAUUUGUACUGAUUGCCCUGUUGAUAUAAGAAUUCCUUUUCUGAAAACAAACACGGUCAUGGGGAAGGAACUCAGUGUAGAGCUUGGAGAAUAUAGGGCUACACUGACGCAGGUAUUACAUUCUGGUUUAACUGAUGAAUUUUACUUUUCUUUGAGAGAGCUACUAGACAAGCCAAGAGUUAUUACAACAACUUAUACUGGAAUUAAACCACUUUGGAGAGUAGUAUGUGUAGGGGCAGAUGAAGCUUGGAUAUCUGGAGAAGACCCAAACAUAAGACGUGUGGACAUACAUGGGUCCAUUAAAGAUAGCAUCGAGACGACAUGUACAGAGUUCCCUGAUGACAUUGUAGUAACUAGACAGGGAUAUCUGAUGUACGGUGAUGCUAAAAAUAGAUCUUUAAACAUUGUUAGAGACGGGAAAGCAGAAGUAAUGGCCACUAUAUCUAAAGACUGGACACCAAGAGGACUGUGCCGUACAAGAUCAGGAGGCAUUCUCAUAAAUCUGCAUAAUGGAAAACAAAACAAAAUCGUCCACUAUCUAGAAAAUAAAGUGAAAGAAGAAAUAUUUAAAGAUAACAAUGGGAAAGAUAUUUUUAAAAAUGGCGACGAUAUGCUGCUUUUGACAGAGAACAACAAUGGGGACAUUUGUGUCUCUGAUCUUUAUGCUAACACAGUGAUAGUAUUAGACAAUGCAAGAAUAAUCCGAUUUCAAUAUGACGGUACACCUGCUAAGAAGGAGAAGCCUUUUGUCCCUACCAAAACUGUGACGGACUCCAUGAGUCAUAUAAUAAUUGCCGAUUAUAACAAUAACUGUCUACAUAUACUUGAUGAGAACGGACAGUUCCAGAGAUGUGUGGACAAUUGUGGACUAGAUAAGCCCUGUGGAUUGAGUAUUGACAGUAAGGGCAGGUUGUGGGCAGGGAUGGCUUAUUCAGGAGAAGUGAAAGUCAUUCAAUACAUGGAAUAA